AUGCAUUUACAGAAAAAGAAAAAUUGGAUGUAUUGUAAUGCUGCAAUGGAUUCCUCAGCAGAAAACUGUAUGUACGUAAACAAAGUGUGGGUGCAGUGUGAGAAUGAGAGCUGUUUGAAGUGGAGAUUGUUGUCACGUGAGGGCGCAGCCGCAGUGGAUCACAACAAACCAUGGUACUGCUGCAUGAACACGGAUUCGAGAUACAAUCAGUGCUCGAUGGCGGAGGAAGACUUCCCUGAAGAGUCUCAGCUUCAUCAAAGUGGAUUUAAGAUUGUCUAUUCACAGCUCCCUCUUGGAAGUCUGGUUUUGGUAAAAUUACGGAAUUGGCCAAGUUGGCCAGGGAUACUUUGCCCAGAUCCUUUUAAAGGAAAAUAUGUGACCUAUGACCUGGAUGGAAAUGUUGAACGAUAUCACAUAGAAUUCCUGGGUGAUCCCCAUUCAAGAUCAUGGAUUGAUGCGACAUUUGUUGAGAUUUAUAGUAUCAUAUUAAAGCCAGGAAAAUGUAAGAAGAAAAAGAAAUGGUAUAAAAGCGCACUACAAGAAGCAUACCUUCUCUAUGGACUUUCUCAUGAACAAAGACUGAAAGUGUGCCUCCUGUCCAAUCAGGAUAAAUCCAAAGCAGAUGGCAAAGUUGCUGUGGCAGCCAAGAAAAGGAUGCAAAUUUCCAGAAACACUGCUGAAAAGAAGAAACCCAAAUUUAGAUGGAGGAAAAGGAAAGCUAUUUUAAAAUGCUCUUUUGAAAAUGUUUGUUCAGAUGAUGCCAUAUCAAAGGAAAACAUGGUUGUCUCUGAGACAGAAGUUUUACUGAAAGAGCUGGAGCAAAUGCUAGAACAGGCACUAGAGCCCACGGGAGCAUCUGAUGAGUCUGAAGAGGAGUGUGGAGAAGAAGUAAACACAGGAGGAAAGUUAUCCACAUGCAGCUCUGAAGUUCCUGCAGGCGGUCCAUUUGAAAACCACUCUGAAGAGGACUAUCUCAUAAUUGACGGGAUAAAAUUAAAAGCUGGAGAAUGUAUUGAAAGUAUAACUAACAAGUUUAAAGAAAUAGAUGCUCUAAUGUCGGAAUUUUAAGGUAUUCUAGAUAUUUUCAGAAGUUAAUUAUAAAAACAUCUACAUGUUUAUAGUUUCCCAAAGUCAAAAACUUGAAAAUGUUUAGGGAAAUAGGUGUAUGUUAUGCCAAAGCUGCUAUUUGUAAUAACUUUCUGUGCUAUACUUUGAGAAUAUCCAUUGUUUUGAGAGUCAACCAAAUGGUAUUUAAUUAGUGUUAAAAUUUAGGAUUUAAAAAAAAUUUAGCAUUUAAGAAACACUGAUAUUUGAUUUUGUAGAUUUCUUGUUUGCUUUAAUUUUAAAAUGGUUUAUGAAACUUACCGCACAAACACAUGCUUUACAAUGAUUAUUUAGGCUGUUUACGCAAAUGCAGCUAUUCAGACGACUGUCAAGGCUAUUAUAGUUCUUCCAGAUAAUUCAAGCAUAGUAGAGACUUGAGUAUGUGUAUUGGUAGUGGAAUUAAGCUACUACAAAAUAAAAGUAAAUAAUAAACAAUUAUUAUAUAAUAGA